CGGGCGUCAAGUAUGUUGAGCCACAGGCAAAAUUUUAAUGCGAUUCGCGGCCGGCAACGAACAGGUCGCUGUGAAGUGCAGUGAGGUUUGGCUGUUACUCGCCUUCACAGCAUUAGCCAGUAACGUUGAAGCUGAAGCGGUCCCUGAUUAUAUAAGAGACGAUGCCGGAGUGGGAUAUCUCUGUGGGUAUAGAGAUGAAGUUAAACAGGGCCGCGGUCCUAAGACGGAGCUGUCUUGGGAGCAGAACAUCACUUUACAGUGCAUGUAUGACUAUUUAAGAAUCCAGAUUUAUUUGUCGGUGACGGGCGAUUUUACGUUCAACGGGCAGCGCAUUCCGGUAGACUUCAUAGUGACAGCUGCGUACAUCGACAGGAAACUCAUUUCAGAUAUAACGGUGGAAGAUCUGUGGGAAAAAAUACAGCUGUACGAGUAUUAUGAGAAGAAAGCGGAAAGUGAACCACGAACCCGGGACAUAAGCAAGUACGAACACGUCACAGCGCUCUUUAUAAAAACGUGUGUACAAAACAGAGGAAGCACUACGGGUCGAGUUUACAUGGAAGGAGAGACAGCUGAACUGAAAAGGGUGUUUCGCACGUCGAGUCAAAUUAAAAACGCCACGACUUCGAAUAUAAUCAAAAAAAUAAAGACAAAUCCAACAAAAUAUAAAAAUCCUGAAACCAUAUAUCCAUUUUACGCAGAAGCAUAUGUCAAAAACCAACUUCCAGUCAUACUAAAUUACCUGAGGUCGCAAGGUUUCAACGCUACGGGCACAUUCGUAUUGCGCGGACACAGAAUAUCUCUACAGUUCAUUGAAUGGAAUCUGGUCCAGCACGGAAGUGUCUAUAAAAUAACGACGAAUACACUGUUGUAUCGCAUCAUAACGUCUUACGUCUCCGAAACUGAAGAAUUUAAUGGACUGCCUAAGAAAGAGAAGGCGGUCCUGCGGGACAUACUGAACUAUCUGAAAUUCCUGGGCGAUGGAGCGAUAGGUGAAGUGAAAUUCAAAAGCCACACACUCUCAAUAGACUUCAUAAUGACUGUCGUGCAUUUGCAAGGCAUAGACAUAUAUUCACUGGAGGUGUCAGAACUGUGGGAACUAAUGAAGAUGUAUGAACUUUAUGAGAAGAAACUUGGAAGUGAAACACAAAACCGGAAUAUAAGCAAGAAUGAACAAGUCACACUGCUCUAUGCAAUAACGUAUUUGAGAAACAAUAUAAGGAUUACGGGUCAAAUUGUCAUAGAUGGGGUGAAAAUUCCAGUAUCUUACCUACUAAACCAGUUGAAGAUAUUUGGAAAAGAUUUUCGUACCGCCACUAUCGAGCAGUUAUAUAUAACUCUAAGUGCAUGCUUAAGGAAAUACACCCCUCCUACACGUGUACCCCUAGGCACACAACCAACAGAGGAACAGACACUUGAACUUACGGCCUUAAUAGACUUCAUGAAGACGCAACGGUCUCCCGCUGUGGGCUCAUUCAUAUUCAGCGGGUACAGAACUUCUACACAGUUCAUCCUAAGUUACAUGGACCAACAUGGACUAAGGAUAGAUAGAUUGAGCAGCAAAGAGUUAUGGAGUAUCAUGCUCCUGCAUGAAUGUAAUGAGACAAACAAAACCACUGCAGUAAUCGCAGGGCCAGACAGUGGGAUAUCAACAAAAACAACAAAAACAAAAAAAAGGAGACCACUUCUACCACUGCCGUAAGUGCAGGGCCAGACAGUGGGACAUCAACAAAAACAUAAAAAAAAAACAGAACACUUGAACCCUCUGGAUCCGAACUUACAGAACAUUAAAAUGACACACUUAACAGAAUUUUGGAGGAGCCAUUUAUGAAGGAAUAAAUGGGACUGGUUACAUAGAUUUCGGGGGGAGGGGAAACAUCUGUGUUCAGCUCACAAUAAUCGAUCUGAGCCUGAAAUUUAUGGACGUCGGCAACGCCACAGCUGCAGACAAAUAACACAUUUAUUGCUAUAUGUACCCUAUGCUGAAACUAUUAGACCAGAAAUAGCAUGCGCAACUAAGAACGAGAUUGUUACAUUACUGGCGACUCUGCAAUAUUUGAAGACAAACAAAGAAGGAAACAAUGGAAAUUUUCCUUACAAUGGAUAUGAAAUCUCAAUACAGUUCAUUGCAGAAAUUAUCAAAGGACAUGAUGUAAGCUUCAAGAAUUUAACAAUAUCUGAACUCUACCUAAUCCUCGAUAUAUAUAUAUAUAUGUGUGUUUGUGUGUGGAACAUGAAGGAAGUUCAAUUACUGUUAAUCUUAAACCACCUGGUGAAGAUAUCGCCAGCCUGAAAGAGGUACUGCAGAUCCACAAAGCACAAGGGGACAAUGCCACAGAAGCUGUUGAAAUCAAUGAGUAUAUCAUCAUAUUCCAAUACAUCAAACUUAUCCUAAAGGCGCGAGGAAUCGACUCUCGGAAUUUAAGCCGAGAGGAGCCCUGGCUCGUAAUAGAGUUGUGUAUAGAGUUUCAGCAGCAGUCGGAGAAGGCUGAAACAGGUCCUCAAGCAGUACGGAAGUUCUUCAUAGAAAUUCUGCCAAACGCUGAGAGUGUUAAUACUUCUGUUCUUGUGGUGGAUGGACACAGCGUUUCCAUAAGCGUGAUCGUGUUUGCACUGGGGUUAAAAGUUGACAACUCAACCGGUAAUUAUGACACUGCAAACCUUACCACUACCACAUUCUUGAGAGCAGUUCUGGAGGUUAUAGGCAAGCAGGGAGCUUCAACCGUUCCCUCUAAAACAGCACAUGGAAAGAAUGAACUGCUCAAGGAAUUCCUUCAAGUCAUCUCGAAUCCCUACAAUGUCGCGAACACUAUCAUUAUGUUCAAUAAGCAGCAAAUUAGUGUGCAAGCUCUAGUAAGUGUACUAGGUCUACACACGGACAGUGCAACAGGGAAAUAUGACAGACACAGCCUUACUGUGGGUCAACUGUUUGAAACAAUCGAGCAGUUCGUCAGCACCAUGCAAAAUGCAACUAGAUAAAGUUUACUGAAUCAUAAGCAAGAGGGGAGACAAUAUUUCUUCUAUCCUGAAUUUCCACUGCAUUCCUGGGUUCUUAGGAAGCUAUGGGGCCUACUGACGCCUUUCAUAUCCAUGGGCACCUACAAUUUAUACUGUAAUGGGGACGGUUUACUCUGUCAUUUCAGAAUGGGAAAGGUUUCUUCCAUCUGACGUCACACACAGAAUACACGGUUCGGAGUGGAAGAGGCAGUUGCAGGGGCAACAGAAAAGCAUGCAGUAUCCACAACAUAUAACCAUCGGAUAUAAGGUUCCAUGAUAAGCAUUCCUUUAGGUGCUUCCCCCAGCCCCACAAUCACUUGGUGGCAUUCCUAUUCACGCCUAUGCUUCCCUUCCUCUCGGAUAAUUCCCCCUCUACUUCAGUACACAUUUUCGUUUACAGUUAUUUUAGUCUCCAGGUUUCCAGCAAAUUUCUUGCAAGAAAGUUUCUGUGUAUCUCUUAAUAUUUAUUGUUUUAUCCUGUUGUGUGUUAUCAUAUAUUGUACUCUUAAUGUAUCAGUCAAUAAAACAAUUCUAUAAUAAACAAAAUAAUAUUACUCAUUAA